AUGAGUGGUUACGAUAGAGCUUUAUCAAUCUUCUCUCCUGAUGGUCAUAUCUUUCAAGUAGAGUAUGCAUUGGAAGCCGUCAAGAGAGGUACUUGUGCCGUCGGUAUCAAGGGGAAGAACUGUGUCGUACUAGGCUGUGAAAGAAGAUCCACUUUGAAAUUACAAGAUCCAAGAAUCACCCCUUCUAAAAUAUCUAAAAUAGACUCUCAUUUAGUACUGUCAUUCUCAGGUUUAAAUGCUGAUUCAAGAAUCUUAAUUGAAAAGGCAAGAAUUGAAGCUCAAAGUCAUAGGUUGACUUUGGAAGACCCGGUCACAGUCGAAUAUUUGACACGUUAUAUCGCUGGUGUGCAACAAAGAUAUACACAAUCAGGUGGGGUUAGACCAUUCGGUGUUUCAACUUUAAUUGCAGGAUUCGAUCCAAGAGAUGAUAAACCAAAACUAUAUCAGACGGAGCCAAGUGGGAUUUACUCUUCUUGGACUGCGCAAACCAUUGGUAGAAAUUCUAAAACAGUUCGUGAAUUUUUAGAAAAAAAUUACAAUCGUGAAGAACCUCCAGAAAAUGUGGAUGAAUGUGUUAGACUAACGGUAAGAUCCUUAUUAGAGGUAGUACAAACAGGUGCCAAAAAUAUAGAAAUAACUGUCGUUAAACCAGAUUCUGAAAUUAUUAGUCUAACUAAUGAAGAAAUUGCCAAACACGUUGAAGAAAUUGAACAAGAAAAGCAACAAGAGAAAGAAAAGGAACAAGCAAAGAAGAAAUAA